AUGGCAGCUUCUUUUGCCUGUUUGUGUUUGUCCGUACUUCUGCAUGCCUGGCUCGUGAGUCUGUUGAACCCGCCUGCCGGGCCCACUCCUGGCGUGAAUCACUCAAGUAAACCUGUAUCUGCCACAGCCCGUGCCAACCUGCCCUCGGUCAGCCGUGUGGAAUUGCAUACUUUACUGGUGCACUAUGCCAUGACAACGCACACUCCUGAUCAGAGGGUCGGUCAGGCAGUCGCAGACUCUGGUUCUGUUUCGGCAACAGAUUUGUCAGCACACUUGCACAUGUGCCAGCACACACACACACACACAACAGCAAAUUUGGACGGGUAG